GGCCUAUGCUGUGUAUGAUCUCCAGUCUUGCUGGAGUGAUUAAUUUUUUUUAGAGAUACACUGUCAUUUUUCUCAAUUGCUCAGUUUAUACUUGCUGUCAUACAGAUAUCAGAGCUGGGCCACGUUUACAGGACCCCCGGGCCACAGAGUAACAGCCCACUCAUUCAUCUGAAGAGGACAAGACCACGGAAGACUUAACUGAAGACAGCCUCAUAAGUCAGCAGUCACACAGCAGUGUUGGUGAGGUGUAAUGGGGGACUGGAGUCUCUUGGGUAAUUUCCUAGAAGAAGUGCAGGAGCACUCUACGUCGGUUGGGAAGGUGUGGUUAACUGUGCUAUUCAUCUUUCGUAUCCUGGUGUUAGGCACAGCGGCAGAGUCAUCAUGGGGCGACGAACAGUCCGACUUCAUGUGUGAUACUCUACAACCUGGUUGCACUAAUGUCUGUUAUGACCGAGCUUUCCCCAUUGCCCAUAUCCGCUACUGGGUGCUGCAGAUUGUCUUCGUAUCGACACCCUCCCUCAUCUACAUGGGCCAUGCCAUGCACACCGUCCGCAUGGAGGAGAAGAGGAAGCAAAAGGAACAGGAGGAGAAGGCUGAGGCGGGAAAAGGAGAAAAGGAGUAUCUGGAACAGAAAGAGAAAUUUGAAGAUACAAAGACAAAAAUCCACCUGAAGGGGGCGCUGCUGCAGACAUAUGUUCUGAGCAUUGUGAUACGCCUGGUCAUGGAAGUGACCUUCAUUGUGAUUCAGUACAUGAUGUACGGUAUCUUCCUGGAUGCUCUCUAUCCAUGUGCAAUGCUUCCCUGCCCCAACCCUGUAAACUGUUACAUGUCCCGUCCAACUGAGAAAAACGUCUUUAUUGUGUUCAUGCUGGUGGUUGCAGCUGUUUCUCUUCUCCUCAGCGUCAUAGAGUUAUAUCACCUUGGAUGGAAACAAUGCAAGAAAUACCUUAGAAAACAUGCUGACAACCACACCAAUGACAUCAAAAUUAAAAACGUCAAAGCUGUUUCUGCAAUUGAACCAGGCAGGACAAGCAUUCCAAUGGAUCUGCCUGAAAACAACCAGCCUCAUCCCUCUCAAACCUGCACUCCACCUCCAGAUUUCAACCAGUGCUUAAGAUCAAGCCAAGGUCCAACAUCACCUCCACAUCUUCAUCCUCACCAUCUUCAUCACAUCCACCAAACCUGCCAGCCCUUCACCAACCAUCUGGCCAACCAGCAGAACUCUGUCAACAUGGCUGCUGAGCGGCAUCACCACAGCCAUGAUGACCUGGAGCCAGCUGUGGACUUCCUGCAGAUGCAUUAUGGGAGUCCUGAGGCUCGAGUUCGAGGUGAAAUGACACCCAGUACCCCAUCCACACCAUCCUCCUAUCCAGGAUUCCUCAGAGACAAGCACCGGCUUAGCAAGACCAGUGGUACUAGUAGUAACCGGCUCAGACCAAGUGAUCUGGCUGUGUAGAUCGUGAAAUUGGCAGUUCCUGAGGAGCAGAAGCUGGGAGCCUUAAAAUGAGAGAUGUGAGGGUCUCUCUCUCUCUCUCUCUCUCUCUCUCUCUCUCUGUGUGUGUGUGUGUGUGUGUGUGUGUGUGUGUGUGUGUGUGUGUGUGUGUGUGUGUGUGUGUGUGUGUGUGUGUGUGUGUGCUUGUGUGUGUGUGUGUUUGAAUAUGCUUGUUUGUUGGUACUAUGAUAUGUGAUUUGGGAUAAGAAAGGCUUAAAUAUCACCAUAAAACCAAGGAUAAUUAGAGUAAGACAGGGGGAGAAUCUGUAUCAGAGCAUUUAAUCUGGUUUCAUUGAAACUGUUGUAAUUGCUGAAGUGUGUGUAGAUUUUUUAUAGGGUGGGAUCAAGUGAUCCUGAAUAUAAUCGGAUGAAUGAAUGGAUGGAUGGAUGGAUGGAUGGAUGGGAGUGUACUACUGUCAUAACUUAAUGUCAUUAGGAAGGUAGUACUGGAUAGUUUUGCACACUGACAUGGUUCAUAUUUGCUGAAAGAAAAUUGUGGUAUGCAAUUCAAAACACUCCCAUCACACACUGUAUUUGAGCCAAAAAGCAAUAAAGCACUUAUUGUAAAACAUAUCAUAAUAAAGUUCAUUGCAAACAUGGUAAAUACCCAAUGCCCAAUGGUUUGUGAAUUUUUUGUUAGCAAUAAAAUGAGGACAGAUUAGUUCUAAUGAGAAAAUGCUGCAUUUUACUAAAAUGUAUGUGAAGUGAAUUUUGUGAGAGUGUAUGAUAUGGACACAGUGGAUAUAAUCACAAUCCAUUAGCACACAUAUGUUAUCGGGUACAGCUGUGCUUACACUACCUGACUAAAGUCUUGUCACCUAUCUUGACUUCUAGUUGAUCAUUUGGUAACAGAAGUGGCUUACAUGAAAGGCAAAGGCCUCUAGAUUACACUUUAUUUUACCAAAAUAUGAUCAUGCCUUAAUUUAGAAUUUUUUACAUUAGGACUUUUAAUUAGGACAAUCAAACUUGUAGGUUCCAGUAGGUCUUCUGCAGUAUUUGUGAUGAUUGGGAUGCAGUUCAACAGAUGAUUCAUUGAAAAAAAAUCUACCUUCUGCCACUUUUCCAACUGAUUGACUAGAGGUCAAGUUAUUAUUAUUUAUUGCUCUUGCAACUGGGAUCGACGACAAGACUUUUGUCAG